AUGUCCGGCCCAGAGAUGGCCUGGGUGCCCGAGCCCCCAGCCAUGACGCUGGGGGCCUCGAGAGUGGAGCUGCGGGUGUCCUGCCACGGCCUCCUCGACCGAGACACACUCACCAAGCCCCACCCCUGUGUGCUGCUCAAGCUCCACUCCGAUGAGCAGUGGGUGGAGGUGGAGCGCACAGAGGUGCUGCGCUCCUGCUCCAGCCCCGUCUUCUCCCGGGUGCUGGCCCUGGAGUACUUCUUCGAGGAGAAGCAGCCCCUGCAGUUCCACGUGUUUGACGCCGAGGAUGGAUCCACCAGUCCCCGCAACGACACCUUCCUCGGCUCCACCGAGUGCACCUUGGGGCAGAUCGUGUCACAAACCAAGGUCACUAAGCCUCUGCUACUGAAGAAUGGGAAGAACGCGGGCAAGUCCACAAUUACGAUUGUGGCCGAAGAGGUAUCUGGCACCAACGACUAUGUGCAGCUCACCUUCAGAGCCCACAAGCUAGACAACAAGGACCUGUUCAGCAAGUCUGACCCUUUCAUGGAGAUCUAUAAGACCAACGGGGACCAGAGCGACCAGCUGGUCUGGAGGACGGAGGUGGUGAAGAACAAUCUGAACCCCAGCUGGGAGCCGUUCCGUCUGUCCCUGCACUCCUUGUGCAGCUGUGAUAUCCACCGGCCUCUCAAGUUCCUGGUGUAUGACUAUGACUCCAGUGGGAAGCACGACUUCAUUGGCGAGUUCACCAGCACCUUCCAGGAGAUGCAGGAAGGAACAGCAAACCCUGGGCAGGAGAUGCAGUGGGACUGUAUCAACCCCAAGUACCGGGACAAGAAGAAGAAUUACAAGAGCUCAGGGACCGUAGUGCUGGCCCAGUGCACGGUGGAGAAGGUGCACACUUUCCUGGAUUACAUCAUGGGGGGCUGCCAGAUCAGCUUCACGGUGGCAAUCGACUUCACAGCCUCCAAUGGGGACCCAAGGAGCAGCCAGUCCCUGCACUGCCUGAGUCCCCGCCAGCCCAACCACUACCUGCAGGCCUUGCGUGCAGUGGGAGGCAUCUGCCAGGACUACGACAGUGACAAGCGGUUCCCAGCAUUUGGCUUUGGAGCUCGAAUCCCACCCAACUUCGAGGUGUCCCAUGACUUUGCUAUCAACUUUGACCCAGAAAAUCCUGAAUGUGAAGAGAUCUCAGGGGUCAUUGCCUCCUACCGCCGUUGCCUGCCCCAGAUCCAGCUCUAUGGCCCCACCAACGUGGCCCCCAUCAUCAACCGCGUGGCGGAGCCAGCUCAGCGGGAGCAGAGCACUGGCCAAGCCACGAAGUACUCGGUGCUGCUGGUGCUCACGGACGGUGUGGUGAGCGACAUGGCUGAGACCCGCACCGCCAUCGUGCGCGCCUCCCGCCUGCCCAUGUCCAUCAUCAUUGUGGGCGUGGGCAAUGCCGAUUUCUCUGACAUGAGACUGCUGGACGGCGACGAUGGUACCUUGCGCUGCCCCCGAGGGGUGCCCGCGGCUCGCGACAUCGUCCAGUUCGUGCCGUUCCGGGACUUCAAGGACGCCUCACCCUCUGCGCUAGCAAAGUGUGUCCUGGCCGAGGUGCCCCGGCAGGUGGUGGAGUACUACGCCAGCCAGGGCAUCAGCCCCGGGCCCCCCAGGCCCUGCACGCCAGCCACGACCCCCAGCCCUAGCCCGUGA